AGCUCACCUCCAGCUACAGGUUGUAUCUUAUCUUCCAGAGCUCCAACUCACCAGUCAGUUAAACUUACCGGAUCUCAUCCAUCACACACGUUCUGGAAGCAGUACUUGGUGCUUUUCCUUUUUACUUCAUCCUAGAACCAACAGUGAAGCAGUUUGCUGUAUCUCAUCAUCUGACGUUCCUCGGUGGGACACCUUGACAAGCCAUGACAUCCAUUGGUACUGGUUACGAUCUUUCCAACUCCGUCUUCUCGCCAGAUGGUCGGAAUUUCCAGGUGGAAUAUGCAGCCAAGGCAGUCGAGAAUGGUGGAACAGCUAUCGGUAUCAGAUGUACAGAUGGUGUCGUGUUGGCUGUAGAGAAGAUAAUUACGAGCAAGCUUCUGAAACCGGGUGCGAACAAGAAGAUAGCAACAGUGGAUCGCCAUGUUGGAAUUGUAUCAGCCGGACUCAACCCCGACGGUCGUCAUUUCGUUGCCCGAGCCAGGGACGAAGCCUCGUCUUGGAGAAGCGCAUACAAGGCGCCCGUACCGACCUCGGCGCUUGCUAACCGCCUUGGAAGCUAUGUUCAAGCCUUUACACUCUACUCUAGCGUGCGGCCAUUCGGCGUGACAUCUAUCGUUGGAGGCUGGGACUCUGAGGGCGAGUUGGCUGUUGACGGCCAAGUCGGAACCGGACCAAAGUCGGGAGCCGGUGGAAAGGUUGAAGGCGCCAAGGCCGGUGGACCUGGGCUAUAUAUGAUUGAACCCAGCGGGCUUUACUGGGUGUGUCUAUUUAUUCUACUUGCCUGUUAUAACCGAACAUUAACCUCUUCCCAGGGUUACUAUGGCGCCGCCACCGGAAAGGGAAGGCAAGCCGCGAAAGCCGAACUUGAGAAAUUAGACUUGCUCUCCGGUAACUUGAGCCUGGUCGAUGCUGUCAAAGAAGCCGCUCGAAUCAUUUAUGUCGCCCACGAAGAUAGUAAGGACAAGGAUUUUGAGCUGGAAAUGACCUGGAUUAGUUCUUUGCAUGGUCCUACCAAGGGAAGACACGAGGAAGUGCCGAAAGAGCUCUUCGAGGAAGCGGAGAAUGCAGCAAAGAAAGCGUUGGAAGGAGAAGAUGAUGAAGAGGAGGAGGGUGCGAAGGGCACCGCCAAUGAAGGUGAACGGAUGGAGGAAUGAUCACCCACAGGCUUGGAUUGAAAUGAUUUAAAGACGCCCAGUGUAUUCAAAAUAGAUAUCAGAUUAACAAGUCG